AUGUCUUCUUCGGACCCCAGCUCGGUUCAACCCGCUUCCCGCGGAUCUUCCCCCGCCGGUGGCGGAGGCAGCAAUGGUGGUUCAGGUAGCUCCUCCGGUGGAGCGCCUUCUACGUCUUCUUCGGCGCCCGAGCCCGCCCAGGUUUCUCUUCCGGGGAUGGUUCACCUCUCACAGGUGUCCCCUCCAUCAUCAUUCAAUUUCCAGGCUGCAGAUCAGUGGGACCGCUGGCUGCGUCGUUUUAACCGCUAUCGUCAGGCGUCUGGUCUUCACACCCAACCGGAGUCGGUCCAGGUGAACUCCCUCCUCUACACGAUGGGCGAGCAAGCUGACGACCUACUGGACAGUUUCCAUCUACCUGAGGAUGACGUGAGUAAAUUUACCACAGUCACUGAGCGUUUCACUGCCCACUUCGGCAAGAAGAGAAAUUAUGUGUACGAACGUGCAUGUUUCCAUCAGCGCACCCAACAGCCCACGGAGUCACUAGAUGCAUUCGUAAAUGAUCUCUACCGCUUGGCAGAUAGGUGCAACUUCAAGGCCAUGCACGAUGAGAUGCUCCGGGACCGGUUGAUCGCAGGGUUAGCAGAUGCACGUCUUUCUGAACGCCUGCAAAUGGAUUCGGAUAUGACGCUGGAGAAGGCGCUGGCUCACGCUCGCCAAAGCGCUGCCAUCAAGGAGCAACAAACGACGGUACGUGCAGCAGCUGAUCAGUCGUUGUUUGCUGUCCGCCAGGAUCAGGGGCGGCUGCGUUCUAGUCGCGAUCGUCCUCCGCUGCGUGAUGCUCCCAGCUCCUCGCGCCACUCGACUCCAUCAUCUGAUUCUUGUCCUUGGUGCGGAUACGAGUCACAUCCCCGCGCACGAUGUCCUGCAAGUCGUGUAAUCUGCAAAGGGUGUGGCAAGACAGGCCACUUUCAACGAGUGUGCCGCUCUUCGCCACCAUCUGGUUCCUCCGGUUCUUCUGCACGACAGGGCACUCAUCAGUCCCCGCGGGGCACAGGUGUCCAUUCUCUCUCCAGCCACAGUGAUUCCUCUAGCUCGGCAGUGAGUUCUGCUGACGCAUUUCUGGGCACCCUGACCCACGGCACAGGCUGGAAUCUCCCUAUGCUUCUGCACGGCAAGGCCAUAACUAUGAAGGUCGACACGGGUGCGGAUGUCACUGCUAUACCAGCUACAGUGUUCACGUACCUGGACUUGCCUAUCUCGCUCGCCCCAUCGAACCGUACUCUCCGGGGCCCAGACAACACAAGCCUCAAUGUUUGUGGCCGGUUUACAGCUGACCUGCGCACAGCUCACUCAUCUCAGUCUCACUCCGGCUCCGUGCCCACCCAGGUGUACGUGGUCCGCGACCUCAAGCUUCCACUGCUCGGACGUCCAGCCAUUGAGGCUCUCGGCAUCCUGCCUGCUCCUGCUAACGUCCUGGAGACCACCUCUACCUCUAGUGCCUCAGCUUCAGACUCUCGCUCUCCUGUUGCCGCUGAGUUUCCUGACCUGUUCUCGGGCCUAGGUACCUUCGGUCCUCUCCACAUCAUUCAACUUCGCGAUGAGGCUCCUCCAUACUCGCUCUCCACUCCUCGGCGAGUUGCUCUGCCCAUGGAAUCGAAGGUUAUUGAAGCCCUCCGUCGCAUGGAAGCCGCUGGCGUCAUUCGCCCAGUGUCCGAACCGACCGAUUGGUGUGCCGGCAUGGUCGUUGUUCCAAAACCAAACGGCAGCGUGCGCAUCUGCGGUGACUUCACACGGCUCAACAAAGCCGUCAAGCGCGAACGGCACAUUCUCCCUACCACGGACCAUCUCCUCGCUCGCCUCGGUGAUGCCAAGGUAUUCUCCAAGCUGGACGCUAACAGCGGGUUUCACCAAAUUCCGUUGGCGCCGGAGUCGCAGCUACUAACCACCUUCAUCACGCCCAUCGGCAGAUUCUGCUACACGCGGCUCCCCUUUGGCAUCUCCUCGGCACCCGAGUAUUUUCAGAAACAGAUGUCAGAUCUGCUCAGCGACCUCCCUGGCAACAUCUGCAUGAUGGACGACGUCCUCACAUUCGGCUCCACCCUCGAGGAGGAGGUCGACAACCUUCGACCAGCUCUGGCCCGUCUUCAAUCCGCCGGCGUCACGCUCAACAGCGAGAAGUGUCAAUUUCAUGCCACCUCGAUCAAGUUCCUGGGCCACGUGAUUGAUGGCUGUGGCAUCCGUCCAGAUCCAGACAAGAUCCACGCGAUCCAGGAGCUCUCUCCCUGCUCCGAUGUCCAUUCCGUCCGCCGUCUGCUCGGCAUGGCCAACCACCUAGGCAAGUUCAUUCCGGACUUGGCCUCCAUCACGCAACCUCUCAGGUCUCUCCUCGUCAAAGGCACCCCGUGGCAGUGGGGUGCUGAGCAGUGUGCCGCGUUCGACCGCAUCAAGACGUCACUGAGUAACGAGCCCGUCCUGGCCAAGUACUCUCCCAACUACCACACCACAGUAUCUGCUGAUGCAUCUUCCUUUGGCCUGGGUGCAGUGCUUCUACAACGCCAGCCCGACGCGUCCGUCCGUCCUGUAGCUUAUUUGUCUCGCUCUCUCACACCAGCGGAAACACGCUAUUCGCAAAUCGAGAAGGAGGCUCUGGCUGCAACGUGGGCCUGCGACCGGCUCUCACACUACCUCCUCGGCAUGCCAUUCACCAUUGAGACGGACCACAAGCCACUCAUCCCUCUGCUAGGUACCCGUGCUCUUGACGACCUCCCUCCGCGGGUCCUCCGGUUUCGUCUACGGCUACUUCGAUUCGAUUACAGUAUUAUCCACACUCCUGGCAAACAACUCGCAAUUGCCGACGCUCUGUCUCGAGCUCCUCUGCGCAGCACAGAUGCCGACGCCACUGCCACACUGGAGGCUGAGACCGCUGCUAUGGUGUCGUACGUCACUGAGGCUCUGCCUGCCACUGCGCAACGCCUGGAAGAGGUUUCAGCAUGGCAAAGCGACGACGAUAGCUGUGCUCACAUCAUCGAGUACCUGCAGCACGGCUGGCCUGCUCCUAGCGAUGCUCCUCCCGUAGUGCAGUUUCUUAUAGAGCACAGCGCACAUUUCAGCCUCACGGACGACGGCUUGAUUCUGUAUGAUCAGCGUCUCUACAUACCUCCCGCUCACCAGCAAGAAAUCCUGGCUCGCCUUCACCAGGGUCAUCAAGGCAUCACCAAGUGCCGACGCCUGGCCCGCACUUCCGUAUGGUGGCCAUCGCUCUCGUCGGACAUAGCUACUCUUGUCCAAACAUGUGAAGAAUGCAGUCGACACCGCUCUCAGCCACCCGAGCCUCUUCUCUCAACUCCACUCCCAGAGUUUCCUUGGCAACAUCUGGCCGCAGACUUCUUCACCAUCGACGGUCGCAACCACCUCCUCGUCAUCGACUACUACUCUCGGUUCAUCGAGGUCCUCGACAUGCCCUCGCUCUCCACAGCUCGUACAGUCAGCCAUUUCAAGUCACUGUUCGCUCGCCAUGGCAUCCCUGACUCUCUAACGACCGACAACGGACCGCAAUUCACCAGUGCUGAAUUUGCCCAGUUUGCAUCCACCUAUGGCUUCCGCCACGUCACCAGUAGCCCUCUCUAUCCGCAAGCCAAUGGCAUGGCCGAGCGUGCUGUUCGCACGGUCAAAAGUCUGUUCCGUCAGGGCACUGAUUGGCACCUCGCACUACUCGCGUACCGCAACACUCCCUUGGAGAAUGGUAAGAGUCCAGCCCAGCUUCUGAUGAACCGCCAGCUGCAGUCACUCUUACCUCUCUCUCCAACACAGCGACAGUCGCAUCCAGUCGAUCAGAGCGACCUGCGUGCCGCGGAUCAGCGCUUAAAGGAUCGCCAAAGCACCAACCAUGCCAGUCGCCAUGCAGCCCGGACACUGCCGUCUCUGUGUCCACAACAGCCUGUAUAUCUACCUGAUCGUGAAGAGUCUGGCCACGUGAUGAGCCAACCAGCCUUGCGCUCCUACAUCGUAGCAACCCCAUCGGGCCAGUUCAGACGCAACCGGCGGCAUAUUGUCCCAAUGCCAACGCCGCAACAGUUGCCGCCUGCUGGUCACUCUGCCGCUACUACCGAUCCUGAUCCCCCAGCCAGUCAACCUUCUACUCCGCCGUGUCCUGCAGUUCCCAACUUGCCAUCGACCCCUCCAGCUCAAGACCAGCCUGAUAAGUAUGUCACGGCUCGCGGCCGUGUCGUUCACGCUCCCGAUCGCUUCUAA